UGAACGGGCUUUAGGACGUGUGUGUAUAUAUAUAUAUGUGUGUGUGUCUGUGUUAGUAUGUGUAUAUACACAAAAAUACGUAAAUGCUCAUAUACGUAUAUUGUAGUGACUCAGGCGGACAAGGGAGGGGCGGUGGUUAUUUUAAACACUUCAGAUUAUGUGGAAGAACUAAAAACACACCUUGACAACCCCAACACCUACACUAAACUCAAUUAUGACCCCACACUAAUGUUUAGCCAGGAACUACUCUCAUUUUUGGACACGGCACUGGAAGAGGGGCAUAUCUCUCAGGAGGUAAAGGAAUACUUGUCCACUAGAGACCCUUUAGUCCCUACCUUCAGGGUUGUGCCCAAAAUUCACAAAACUCUUACCAAACCCCCUGGGAGGCCCAUUGUAGCCAGCAUAGGGUCCUUGUGUGAGAGACUUGGAGCCUGGCUGGACUCAGUACUCCAGCCUAUCGUAAUGGCCCUCCCAGGCUACAUUAGGGACAGUGCCCAUUUACUCCUUCAAUUGGAGAAAAUACACUGGCAGUCUGAUUUCCAAUGGCUUACUAUCGACGUGACAGCCUUAUACUCGAGCAUACCCCACCAAAAAGGCCUGGAGGCUUUGGGUAAUAUGCUAAGACGAUACACUGAUUUUUCUGACAAUUUUAUAGGAUUUGUAGUGUCUACAGCUAAAUUCUUAUUGACUCACAACUACUUUGUCUGGGGGGGAUUUCUAUUUACAAAACUGCGGCACAGCCAUGGGGGCUAAGUUUGCCCCGGCCUAUGCUAAUUUAUACAUGGGUUGGCUGGAAAUUAACACCAUUUAUGCCGAUGAUUUCCCCCUCAGAGACAAUCUAGUAGUGUAUGGCCGUUUCAUAGACGACCUGAUAAUCAUUUGGAACCCUGUCAACCUAAGAGAAGCCCAAAACCUAGUCGACCUACUAAAUGCUAACUCUUUUAAUCUGAGCUUCACAUAUAAUGCCCACCCUAGAUCAAUUGCCUAUUUAGACUUACAGUUGUCAAUAGAUGCCAACAAUAAUAUUGUAUCCUCUAUCUACAGGAAGGCGCUAGCACGCAAUACAAUUUUGAGGGCAGAUUCAUGCCAUGUAAAACAUACCAUAAGAGGCAUACCGAAGGGCCAAUACAUAAGAGCUUGGAGGAAUUGCUCUAAUUUUCAACAGUACAAAGAUCAAGCUGAUCAAAUUACUGCCCGGCUUGUGGAGAGAGGAUACAAUAAGGCCACUCUGGUAAAAGUAGCAAAAGAGACACGGCCAGAGCACUGAGAGAUAUCAGGUAUUGAUGUAACUGGAGUGAAUAAGGGAACCUUCUUCCUGAGCACAGACAUUGGAGCCUGUUAUCAGCAUGAACUCAUAUGUGUUAGACAAACACAUGAAUAGUUCAAAUCCAUCCCUCACUAAAGGAAGCAUCAGAAUGAUACCACAGACUCCAAAAUUUUUAGACACUAAUGAAUACUCACAAACAUUGAGGAAAUCACAGCAGAUAUUUAAAGGAGAUGGUGAAUUGGCAGGAACUGGGCAGCAAUCAUUUUGUACAGAGAGUAAUUUAGUCAUCAAACAAGAAGAAAAGAAUUAUGCCUUAUCUAGUGAAAUGAUUAUCCCUGAGGAUAAGCCACAAACAUUUACUGGGUUUUCAAAAAAAUUUAAAGAAGAGAAAAGUCUACAGUCUAGCCAAAUGAUUCAUAAAAAGGAGAGACCUUUCAAAUGUACAGAAUGUGAGAAAAGCUUUAGAUAUAAGUCUAAUCUCCUAGAACACCACAAAAUUCACACAGGUGAGAAGCCACACACAUGUACUGAGUGUGACAAAUGUUUUAUACAAAUGACAAAACUUAUAGCUCAUGAAAGGACCCACACAGGGGAGAAAUCAUUUAGCUGUACAGAGUGGGGAAAAAGUUUUACACAAAUGAAUGAUCUGAAAACUCAUAAAAAGAAUCACACAGGAGAAAAACUUUUCAUAUGUACAGAGUGUGGAAAAAGUUUUAUAGGAAACAGUAGUCUGAGAAAACAUGAAAGGAUUCACAGAGAAAAGCCUUUCACAUGUACAGAGUGUGGAAAAAGUUUUACAGGAAAGAGUGAUCUGAAUAAACAUGAAAGGAUUCACACAGGAGAAAAGCCUUUCACAUGUACAGAGUGUGGAAAAAGUUUUAUAGGAAAGAGUAAUCUGAAUAAACAUGAAAGGAUUCACACAGGAGAAAAGCCUUUCACAUGUACAGAGUGUGGAAAAAGUUAUAUAGGAAACAGUAGUCUGAGAAAACAUGAAAGGAUUCACAGAGAAAAGCCUUUCACAUGUACAGAGUGUGGAAAAAGUUUUACACAUAUGGAUUUUCUGAAAACUCAUGAAUGGAUUCACACAGGAGAAAAGCCUUUCACAUGUACAGAGUGUGAAAAAAGUUUUACACGAAUGGAUCAUCUGAAAACUCAUGAAAGGAUUCACACAGGAGUAAAGCCUUUCACAUGUACAGAGUGUGGAAAAAGUUUUACACAUAUGGAUUGUCUGAAAACUCAUGAAUGGAUUCACACAGGAGUAAAGCCUUUCACAUGUACAGAGUGUGGAAAAAGUUUUACACGAAUGUAUAGUCUGAAAACUCAUGAAAGGAUUCACACAGGAGAAAAGCCUUACACAUGUACAGAGUGUGGAAUAAGUUUUACAGGAAAGAAUAGUCUGAGAAAACAUGAAAGGAGACACACAGGGGAAAAGCCUUACACAUGUACAGAGUGUGGAAAAAGUUUUACACAGCUGGGUAGUCUGAAAACUCAUGAAAGGAUUCACACAGGGAAAAGCCUUACACAUGUACAGAGUGUGGAAAACGUUUUACAGAAAUCUUUCCAGAUGAACUUGGAAAACCAGGAAUUCAAUCUGCGUACAUCUUUGUUUGUUAAAAUUAAUGGCAGGUUUUGUAUAGGAUAUAGAAUCCGUGGGAAGAUUAUAGUUUUGAUCAAAUUGACGGAAGCAGAUAUGGAUAAAGAAUAUUCUCCUCUCAUCGAAGAUCUCCAACCACAUACGGCCAGCCCUGCACACAGCGGGAAAUCUGAAGCUGCUGAAGAUUGGGGCUGUUUAGAAAAGUGCAGCCAUACAGCUGACCAGAAGCCCUGCCACGCGUUUGUCUGCGCCUGGUCCCAGAAAGCUUCCACACCACAACUGCCUCGCUCACCGACCACAGUCUGCAAUCCCCGGGGAGCGACUGGUAGGAUACCCCCUACUUAUCCUCUGCCUUCAGCCCCAGCGGGGCAUGGAAAAUUUCAAAAAGAUUCCACUGUUGAAAAUUCUGAUUUUGAUUCAGAAAAUGACGUUAAUUUCUCAGAUUCCUCUGAUUCUGAGCCUAAGGCUAAAAAAUCUAAAAAACAUGGCAAGAAAUCUAAACACUUGGAAGAUGAAAAAUUAAAAUUUGUUGAUGCGCUUGGAAACCCAAGGUUUAAUGCUGAAACCCUUCAUCAUCCUCGAUCCUCUGAAUGGUUUCCAGCAAUAGACAUUUCAGAAUUUGUGGAUUUUCAGCUCAAAAAAUCCCUUAAUAAACGCUCCAGAAAUAAUAUGAGGGCUGAAUGUCCCAGACCCUUAUUACCAAAAAAUAGUAAUAUCACCCCCGAAAUUGAUCCUAAAGUAAUUAAAUAUAUUGGGACUCCUGCUGAUAAAAUCAAGAAAGGAAUUGAUAAAUCCUGGCGUAAUUGCCAGGACAAACUUUUAGAUUCAAUUGGUCCUAUAACUAAAUUGUUUGAGCUCUCUAAACAGGCUUUAAUGGAAGAAUCCUAUUUAGACCCUGCUGUAGUAAGAGAAUGGGUUCAAAGAAUACUUUCUUUUGUGGGUAAUACCAACUCUGCCAUGAUAAUUGAAAGGCGCAAAAAUAUUUUACGCAGAAUAGAUCCAAAAAUCUGUGAUUCUGCUAUUAAUGAACUUAACUCAGAUAAAGAUGGUUUAUUAUUUGGAGAUGCCUUUUUCAAGGAUCUCAAUCAAUACACGAAUACUUUCUCAACCCUUAACAAGACAGGAAGCAUCAGAAUGAUACCACAGACUCCAACAUUUUUAGACACUAAUGAAUAUUCACAAACAUUGGGGAAAUCACAGCAGUUAUUUAAAAGAGAUGGUGAAUUGGCAGGAACUGGGCAGCAAUCAUUAUGUACAGAGAGUAAUUUAGUCAUCAAACAAGAGGACAACAUUUAUGCCUUAUCUAGUGAAAUGAUUAUCCCUGAGGAUAAGCCACAAACAUUUACUGAGUUUUCAAAAAAAUUUAAAGAAGAGAAAAGUCUACAGUCUAGCCAAAUGAUUCAUACAAAGGAGAGACCUUUCAUAUCUACAGAAUGUGAGAAAAGCUUUAGAUAUAAGUCUCAUCUCCUAGAACAUCCCAAAAUUCACACAGGUAAGAAGCCACACACAUGUCCUGAGUGUGACAAAUGUUUUAUACAAAUUACAAAACUUAUAGCUCAUGAAAGGACCCACACAGGGGAGAAAUCAUUUAGCUGUACAGAGUGUGGCAAAAGUUUUACACAAAUGAAUAAUCUGAAAACUCAUAAAAAGAAUCACACAGGAGAAAAGCUUUUCACAUGUACAGAGUGUGGAAAAAAAUUUACACAAAUGAAUUGUCUGACAACUCAUGAAAGGAGUCACACAGGGGAAAAGCCUUUCAUAUGUACAGAGUGUGGAAAACAUUUUACACAAAUAAGUAGUCUGAAAACUCAUGAAAGGAGUCACACAGGGGAAAAGCCUUUCAUAUGUACAGAGUGUGGAAAACGUUUUACACGAAUAAGUAGUCUGAAAACUCAUGAAAGGAUUCACAUAGGAGAAAAGCCUUUCACAUGUACAGAGUGUGGAAAAAGUUUUACAGAAAAUAGUAGUCUGAAAACUCAUGAAAGGAGUCACACAGGGGAAAAGCCUUUCACAUGUACAGAGUGUGGAAAAAGUUUUACAAAAAAGAGUUAUCUGAAGAAGCAUGAAAGGAUUCACACAGGAGAAAAGCCAUUCAAAUGUUCAGAGUGUGGAAAAAGUUUUACAGAAAAUAGUAAUCUGAGAAAACAUGAAAAGAUUCACACAGGGGAAAAGCCUUUCACAUGUACAGAGUGUGGAAAAAGUUUUACACGAAUAAGUAGUCUGAAAAUGCAUGAAAGGAUUCACAGAGGAGAAAAGCCUUUCACAUGUACAGAGUGUGGAACAAGUUUUACACAAAUGAAUUGUCUGACAACUCAUGAAAGGAUUCACACAGGAGAAAAACCUUUCACAUGUACAGAGUGUGGAAAAAGUUUUACACGAAUAAGUAGUCUGAAAACUCAUGAAAGGAUUCACAUAGGAGAAAAGCCUUUCACAUGUACAGAGUGUGGAAAAAGUUUUAUACAAAAGAGUGAUCUGAAAACUCAUGAAAUGAUUCACAUAGGAGAAAAGCCUUUCACAUGUACAGAGUGUGGAAAAAGUUUUACACAAAUAAGCAGUCUGAAAAAACAUGAAAGGAUUCACACAGGGGAAAAGCCUUUCACGUGUACAGAGUGUGGAAAAAGUUUUAUACAAAUAAGUAAUCUGAAAAAGCAUCAAAUGAUUCACACAGGAGAAAAGCCAUUCAAAUGUACAGAGUGUGGAAAAAGUUUUACAGAUAAUAGUAAUUUGAGAAAACAUAAAAAGAUUCACACAGGGGAAAAGCCUUUCACGUGUAAAGAGUGUGGAAAAAGUUUUACACGAAUAAGUAGUCUGAAAACUCAUGAAAGGAUUCACACAGGAGAAAAGCCUUUCACGUGUAAAGAGUGUGGAAAAAGUUUUACACAAAUAAGCAGUCUGAAAAAACAUGAAAGGAUUCACACAGGGGAAAAGCCUUUCACGUGUACAGAGUGUGGAAAAAGUUUUACACAAAUAAGUAAUCUGAAAAAGCAUCAAAUGAUUCACAAGGGAAGAAACCUUUCACAUGUUUAGAAAGUGUAAAAAGUUUUUUUUAUUGAAAUCCGGUAUAACAAAACACCAAAUAUUUACACACAAACUUUAUAUACAGUGUACAAACCAUUUUACAAAUAUCCUAAAGAGGACACACACUCUAAAUAGAUGCAUCAAAAUAGAUGUUAUUGUAAAUAAUACUUUAUAAAUCCCAGUUAUAAAAGCCCCAGAUUGGAAGUGCUCUCCUGCUGUCCUUUGUUCCUCUAUAUAUGUGCACCUCGGUUUCUCUCAUAUCAAUGCUAUAGAAUACAAACACCACACAGGAAUAUACAAAUCUGUCCUCAUACUGACCAGUUUACACAACCAUUCACCACCAAAGCACCCCCAGUGUUUAUUAAUAUGCCAGUGUUAGGAGUUGUACAUUUGAUUUACAUAGGUGGGAAAAUAAUUAUAUUUACAGAAUAAAGGAGUCUUUAUAUGAAUAGAGCUUUAGAAACUUAAAUAAACAAGAUCAGUCUCAAAUAAUUGACAUCUGGGAGAUAUAUUUAAUGUUCACAUCAUGUGGAUAAACCUUUUCUUAUAGCAAUAGAUGCUUAGCAUUGUACAUGUUAUAUACCAGAGGAAUUACUGAGGGGAAACUGAUUUUAUUUAAUGAGACACAAUAUCAGUAACAUACGUGAUCAUAAUCAGUUUAAUUUAAAUGGCUACUAUAACUAAAAGGGAACAUUAUAUAUCUGAUAAAUCCCUUUGUAUCAAGAGCACAAGUGUUAGGUAUAUUUAUACCAUUGUGUGCAGAUAUCAUGUAAUGCUCCUUUUGACUAUAUAAUGAUGUAAUGGUUUUUCCUGCAAAUAAAAAGUGAUUGUAAUCCA